CAUGUCAUAUUUGCUUUGCAUGCUGUCUAACCGUUUCUACUAUUGGACAGUUUUACGGGUAUGAAUGCGAUGUGGAGAGUAGCUAUGUCGGAAGAGGUUGGGAAGAAGAUGCAGGCGGUGGUGGACCGGGUAAAUCUGGCGGUCACGCGACGCCCAAAGACAUUACCAUGCAUUGCACCUAGGUUAGUUGCUGUGAGUAAAACCAAGCCUCCAGACAUGGUAGUUGAGGCUUAUAAACAUGGGCAACGCAACUUUGGAGAGAACUAUGUAAAUGAGCUUGUGGAGAAAGCCUCUCAUCCUCUGAUUUUGACAUUGUGCCCGGAAAUUAAAUGGCAUUUCAUUGGACACCUACAGAAGGGCAAUGUUAAUAAACUAUUAGGUGUUCCAAACCUUUACAUGAUUGAGACAAUCGACUCUGCAAAAUUAGCUGACAAACUAAACAGCUCAUGGCAGAAGUUACGAUCUUCUAAUACCCAGGGGUUAAAGGUCAUGGUACAGAUCAACACCAGCGGCGAGGAAAGUGUGUGUUCAUUUCAUUACGACAAACAUGGCCUACAUCCUGAAGAAACUGUCGAUACAGUGAAGCACAUUGUAUCUAAUUGUCCUGCUUUGGUGUUCUCUGGACUCAUGACUAUUGGUCGUUAUGGUUAUGAUCUCAGUGAAGGCCCCAAUCCAGACUUCCAGAUUCUGCUAAAGCGUCGUGAAGAGGUUUGUGGGUGCCUGAAUCUUCCACUGGAACAUGUUGAGCUCAGUAUGGGCAUGUCCACAGAUUUUGAACAUGCGAUUGAGGUAGGCUCCACUAAUAUCCGUGUUGGUAGCACCAUUUUUGGAACACGGGAAUAUCCAAACACUCCUAGCCCCAGCCCAGAAAAAAGGCCAGAGGUAACUGAGGUAUCUGAGGAUGCAGCAAAGACGAUGGAACAUCUUACAGUUAAAGAGCAUUAAAUAAUAGAAACAGUGAUAGACACACUAAAUCUGGAUGGUUUAAGAGAACCCAGUCCUAUGAACAUCUUAAUAGAUCUGGUCUUCCUAGGAAAUGGCCAGGCAGAAAAGUUGAAGGUAAGAUUCCUCUCAAGUAGACAAGUUUGUACAAUUUCAAAUAAUUUUACCAUUAACAGCAUACUAGAUCAGUUUUAUUUAAAAAAUGUUAAAGAUAAACACAAUUUGCAUUUCUUACCUAAGCUGUUAACAAAGUAUAACUUAUGGUCAUUGAAUGAAGUGUGGAUUGCAGUGUUUUCUGUCAGUAGACCACUUUUAAUGUGUCUUAGUAUGAAAUGAUGAUGACCUGAAAAGAGAAAUUGUUGCUGUAAAUGCACAUGUUUUGCAUAACUACUUGUACUGUUGCUGUGAAAACUGUUUUGGUGGAACUUGUAUUUGCUAUUAUUCAAACGUUCCUAUAUAAAAAAUUUGCAUAAAUUUUGAGACUGAAAAUUAAAAAGACGAGUUCCAGAGAAAUCAGAGAAUAGUGAAUGUGUUAUUUAGAACUCUGACAUUUUGUUAAUUGUGGUUGUAUGGCAUUUAACCCAAACUUGUUUUUGAUAUUUUUAUGGUGAUAAAUAAAACAAACAAUUUACCGUGUGUAAACGCUUCUGAAAGGUAAAAUGAAAAUUGUAACCAGUGUCUUCAUUUUUGAAAUUCAUUAUGUUGAUGUUGCAUCAUAAACAGCAGCACUCAUUUCAAAACAGAUGUAGCUACAUUGUUCUCUGCCAUUCAGUUUUUCUUUUUUACAUAUACAAUAAUAAAGAAAUUGAACUAAAUAAAAGUUACACACAGACAAUAAUACAAAAAACAGUAAUAAUUUUUACAAUUUGUAAGAGUUGUAAGACUCCAUUCAUUCUUGGCCUACUGUGGAGACUGUGGGGGAAAGUUUACUAGUUUCCAAUGUGUCGUUAGCGCCUUUUUACAGACAGGAGUUAAGAUGCCAAAUAAAUAUCUCUGAGGCCAUUUUGCUUGGAAAUCAGCAUUUCCUCAAAACAAUGUGGAAGGAGGGGCAGUGUUGAGUAUUCUUUUCAGUGUUUUAUGAAACCCAGAAAGGUUUUAUUGCUAGGCACUCCCAAAAUAUAUGCCAUUGAUUGGCUUCUCGAAACCCACGCUGUCUCCAGCAUCAGCAGUUUAUCAUUUUUCUUCUUUUGGGCCUGAGAUCAAUGCCUCACUCCAUGAUAGAGGCAUUCAAAAAGGAUGUAUUACAAGCCUGAAGGAAAUUUGGUAUUAAUUGAGAUUGAAAAGUCUUGUACCACUCUGAUGGAAACCUUUAUCUUGUAUAAAGUAUUAUCCACUUGUUGUUUUUGUAACUUCCUUGCGAAAAGUUUAGUUUAUUUGGAGCCUCAUUUUGUUGACACAAAAACCUAACUCCUAGAGACUGUAUCUGUGCCUGGCAAACUGUUGAGAAGGGGCUUUUCACAACAGUUAAAGAAUUCUUUUGUCAUUGACCUGAGAUGGUUUUCAGGGAUCUGAGAUCUUUUGAGCCUAUUGGUGUUUUAGAAUCUUCCAAAUUUACUUUGAUAACACCUAGUUUUGCUCACUAAACCUUGCCAUGGAACACUGAGCAGCCAGUAAAUUGGUCACCCAAUUUAGAUGUCCCAAAUGAAUACCUGAAUACCCAGGUUAAAGCCGAAUCUACACUUUGGGAUCAUAUUUAUUAUUAAAUUUUAACUCCAGUGUACUGUUGAUUUGAGCUGAUAUAACCAUAACUUUGUCUGUGUCCAAAUACUUCCUGACAUGUCUUUAUAUUCUACUAAUAAAUUAUGUCAGUGUUUUACCCUCAUACUGUCCACACUGCAAAAAAAUUAUACU